AUGAAUGGACGGUGUCUGCUGACCGUAUUUACUCACGCCCUGCAGGGUUUCCCCGCCUAUUCGAGUUUGUCCAUCCAGCUCAUGCACAGCUUUCGUCGCACUCUCCGCAUUGUUAAGUCCAGCCAGUCUAGACUCGGUCCCAAGUCAGUUGUUGGCGAGAAUACAGUCGUCCCAGGCUCAAGGAACUCGACAACUCACCUGCAGUGUCGCUCCAUUAUAAAUAGCAAGCAAAUCCCCCCGCAGUUCUUGUUCCGUUCUUUCCGCUCGGCGAACAGCGUGGUCCAGCCUCAAUUACGAGAUUGGAGAGUGAUAAGACCUGCAGUACGAGCACUUCCCGGUGUUGAGAAAUACUACCACGCGCAGGAACUUGAAACAACCAACAUGGCUACGGCCACUACGAUCAAGCUGUCCACCACGGACACAGGUGUUCUCAGUACAGGCGUGAGGGCAGACUCUGCCGAGGUUGCCAGCCAGGUUUUGCAAGAGGAUCUGCAAAAGCAUCAUAUCUACUUCAAUGUAGAAAGAUUCCAUAUACACCAUGUACUGUCCCUCUAUGCCCUUGGAGCGUCACCAGAGGCUAUCAGGACUGCCUACGAGCGUGGCAGCAGUUACCAGAGACCAGUCUUCCCCGUCGACGAGGGUGUUGUCAACACAAUAAUCGAGAAACACCAGUUCCAAGAUUAUCUAGGAAAGGAGGAACACUACCCAAAUUUUCUGGUGUUUUUCCAACGGGAAAUUGAUGAAAAAGGGGUGGAAGCUGUGGUGAAUGAGCAUCUGUUUGCUGGAGACGACCAUGCCGAGGAUAUGCUGGUCAGGCUGUUUGCAGGCUUUCUCCAUCCGCUGAUACACCUCGGAUUUGGCAUCGAGUUCAAUCAGCCGGCGAUUGUGGCGGAGGCUCUUGCCCAGACUGCUACGCACGACCGUUGGAUCGGAGAUUAUCUGCUGCCAGCAGAAAGGUCUUCCGCAGGAAUCGGAUCACGAGGAACGAAGACGCUUGUGCAGCUCCUCGACGAACUCCGCCAGGACAGCACAAUUGCACAAUCUGUGCACUGGUCCGAUGGCAAUAAGAUCAGAGACGGUGUUAUGAAGAGAGCCCCUAAUGAGAUGGUCAAAUAUGCAAGUCAAUACACCGUUUCUGCGGACCAGCUGGAGGAAAAGCUAGCGGAGAUGAUCAAUACUGUUGUUUACUACACCACAACGGCCCAACAUCCCCCCAAAGAAAUCAAGUUUGACUUUUUCCUCAUGCACUGUGUCACUUCCUCAAUUUUCUACUCGGCAUUCUUCUCGCGUCCCUGGAUCAAUUUGCGCACCAAGAUCCGUCUCCUUGAAUGGAAGGGUCGCAUGGAUCUCGCCAUGUACGUCUCCCGCGGCGUACCCAAGCUGCUCCUGGACGAGGUCACGAAUUACCCGAUCACAAGAGAUUGGAAUGAGAUAUUCCAUAGCAGCGUCGUGCAUCCCCAAGAUGACGGACAUGUGGUGAAAAUGGUACGAGCCGUUGCGAACGGAGAAAGGGUCUGCAGGCCGUUCGAGGGCCAAGGGAAGGAGAAGGGAUUCGUGAUCCAAGGAGACAUGUGGCUGAAAAUUGGGAACAUGAUUAUCGACUCAGUAUCCGGCCCUGGUCGAAUGUGGGUUCGCUCGACAGGAUUUGAUGAAGCAUGGACGGAGUUUCAAGAUCGGCCUCAUCUAAUGACACAUUAUUAUGUACUCUAUGGUCUUUCAAGUCGAGAUCAACAAAUUGCGACUUCGUUAUCAGGCAUGCUGCAGGGCUUGCCGAGGGGAUGGCUUGCCGCUGGUUGCCGCCUUCGAGCUUGGAGUCUCGACUUAAGGAGUUCGCCAACCAGCUUCACAUGUCGACUCCAACGACGCUUGGAGACGUCUAAAACGGCGGAUAUUUGUCGUCAUUCAUCGUAUACAGCUUCCACAGCUACGAUGGGGAACUCUUCUGGUGACGACCGUUCCAGCGAGCAGAAAACCGGGGCCAACAGCCCCUCCGCGCGUCCCGAAACGUCGCCGCGGUCAUGGCUUGAUGAGGAGAACCCAUUUAUUGCCUUUCGUCGCUACGCCGACGAGCAGAUCUCAUCUAUGCUUCAGUCAGUGAUGGGUCUGCCUUCUAUCGUGGCUCCGCCUUUUCCGGAUAGAUGGCUGGGCUUUGCCGACGAGCACAACCAUUAUAGACAGAGGAGAAACGGAGAUGACGCCGAUUCGAACGCGAACUCCGAGAGGGACGGUCGAUCAACCGAUUCCAACGGCAACAAUACAGUUUACGACCCAUGGUGGGGUGGACGCAGGUGGUCAGACUGGGAUGACUUUGACCGGUGGCGCUUCUAUACUCGACGACCGUUCGGUUUCUUUGGCUUCGACUCCUUCUUUGACGACCAUUUCCCCUUCGGCUUUGGCCCCUUCCACUCGUUCCAUCCCUUCUUUUCGGACAGCUUCUUCAGCAGAGAGGGCACCCAUGCGUGGCCGAUUCCUUAUAUCUUGUUUAGCCCUUACUCCCCUCUGCACCUUGAGCGCUCGCGCGAGAAGGACCGGCACAGAGGCAUCUUUUCAUCACUCUUCUCUUCUUUAAAGUCUACUGGCGAGACAGAUCGAUCCGAACCCCGGUGGCGGGAUGCUUUUGAGGAUCUCUUGCGAAUUGAGAAUGGCCAGCCCAUGCUGGACCGGAGUCCAGACUCUGACAGCAGAAAGGAGACGGGCAAUGAGUGGUUGCGGGGGCUUAUCCAGAGAGGUAGUCUGGGCAGUGGCUGGAAGUUGAUCGGGGGGCCGGAAGACAGCUCUCUUUCCAGCAUCGUUUUGGAGAGGACUACACGGCGCGACAAUGACAAAUCCUCGACAGCCGAGUCGUCUGCUUCGAAUACCGGCGAUAAGAAACACGCGGAGUCAGAGAAAGCAGACGCGGCGACAGAACUCGAUCUGUACGACCGAUUCCUUCAAGACAUCUUCGAUACGCAUGAACGCGAAUACUCCCGAGCCUUCUCAGACAGUCCUCUCAUGCGAAUGUUGUACGACGAGAGGAAGCGUCACCUCGAAGAAUGGGAGGAGAGGAGACGGCAGUGGGAGAAGCACUUCAGAGAGAGCGAAUCUAGCUGGAACAAGAAUGACACUCGUAACUCUGAGAGUGAUGUUCCGGAUACAAAACCGCAGUCUGGAGACGUCAAGGACUCAGAGCCUUCCAUCAUCUCAACGUUGACAACGAGAGAACGAAGGACAUUGCCUGACGGGUCGGUGCAGACGAAGAUUGUCAAGACCAAGCGCUUCUCCGAUGGCCGUGAGGAAAGCGACGAGUCUGUGGAAGUUGUCAAUCCUCCUGCCAAACAGACGCAACGGGCGUCUGAUAGCAACAAGGCGUCAGACGGCAAUCAAGAUAAAUCUAAUGGAGGCUGGUUCUGGAAAGGUUGA